GUCAAAGCAUCUUCGCUCCCCACAACCGACUCGCACGACACUACGACUUGCGGCAAGGGACACGAAGCUGACAUGCCAGGCGACGCCAGCGCUCUCAUCGCGUCCGAAAAACCUCGACAGCCGCACUCCCCGUCGUUAGAGAGAGCGGAGCACGGGCUGUCUCCCUCUGCACCCCCGCCUCCCCACCGCGCGGGCUCACUGAGCCACGGUGCGCCCUAUGCGGAGCACAACGGCAUGGCGCGUUUCUGGGCGCGGUUCAAGGGCAGAGGCAGGAAGAAGGUGGGCUGGGCCGACAGCGCAAAAGCCAUCGUAUUCUCAUCUUGGCUGAACGCCUUCCUGAUAUUCAUCCCGUUCGCCUUUGUCGCGCGGUACCACGAGUCCUGGGGCCACGGCGCCGCCUUCGCAUUCGCGUUCCUGUCCAUAGUGCCCCUCGAGAAGCUCUUCGACUGGGGCGGCGAGCAGCUGGCGCUGUACUGCGGCGAGGAUCUCGGAGACCUCAUCGUCGUGACCCUGAACAACGCCGUCGAGGCCACGCUGGCCAUCAUCCUGCUCCUGAAGUGCGAACUGAAGCUCCUGCAGUCCACCAUCGCAGGCGUCGUGCUCCUCCACCUCCUCCUCGUGCCAGGAACCGCCUUCCUCGUCGGCGGCGCGCGGAUCUGGGAACAGCAGCUCCACCCGACGCGCACGCAGCUCAACCACACGCUCCUCACCCUCGGAGUCCUGGCGCUGGUCGUGCCCGCGGCGUUCUUUGCGGCCCUGGACCAGGGGCUGACGACUAACGCGGACGGCAGCGAGUCUGGAGGGGGCGUCGUCGUCGACGCGCUCCGCGCGGACUUCCUGCGCCUCAGCCGCGGCUUCGCGAUCGUCCUGCUCGUGGUCUACGUCUGCUCGCGCUUCUACCUGCACGACCCGCCCGGGCAGGACAACGCGUUCCGGCUCCCGGCCGGCGCGCCGCAGGAGGCCAUCGAGCGCGAGCGCGAGCUGGCGAACGCGGAGCCGGAGGUGAACCCGGUCGGGUGCGUCGUUUUGUUGGCCGUGACGGUCGCGAUCAUGGCGGUCAUGGCGGAAUUCCUCGUCGAGAGCAUCGAGUUUGUGCGCGAGCAGGGGAACAUCCAAGAAGAGUGGUUCGGCCUCGUGCUCCUCCCGCUCAUCUCCUUCUCUGCCGACGGCACGGUCGCGAUCGUCUACUUCGCGCGCUCGCUCCUCCAGGCGCUCCUCGGCUCCAAGCCCGCGCCGCCGCCCGACUCGGUCGCGGAGGCCAAGGCGAUCGACCUCAGCAUCCAGUUCACGCUCUUCUGGCUGCCGUUCCUCGUGCUGCUCGGCUGGUGGACGGGGCGCCCGCUCACGUUUUUGUUCGAUCUGUUCGAGGUGACGGUGCUCAUCGGCUCGUGCUUUCUCGUGAACUACAUCACGGCGGACGCGAAGACGAACUGGGUGGAGGGCAUCAUCAUGAUCGCCUUUUACCUCAUGAUCGGCCUGUCGGCGUGGUAUUAUCCCGGCCAGGCGGAGAUCGGCGUGUUGGACGCGUGCAGGGAGAGCAUCGCCGAGGCGCUCGCCGCUGGGGUGGGCGCGGGCGCGGGCGCGGAGUAGGCUGGGCAGCGCACCUGUUUCGCCAUGCGCGUCGCGCGAGUGUGUCUGCAGUGUUGAUACCCGUAGUGCCCACGGCGUCGUCGCCGUACCCGCAUACGCUCAGGUUUUCUUUACGUCGAAAGGAGAUGAAUCAUCCCGGUUGUGCUUGUGUGGAAGAUGCUUGGAUUUAGCUGCGAUUAGACCACGUCUGUCUGUGUGAACUCGAAUCGGAUUGCACGC